AUGUAUAUAUGUGUCUAUGUGUCUAUAUGUCUAUGUGCGUGUCUGCUUAUAGGUAAACCGUGUGCAGAAAGCAGCAAUGGUAACGAAUGCAAUUAUGUGCAGUGCAUAGCAGAUAAGUGGAGUAAGAAUAGGAGUAACCUGUCCAUCGAAAGAAUUGGAGGAGACCUCGGGAACGACUUAACAAGGCUGCUGGACCAAAUGAGGGACCCUACAAACCAGACCGCCGUUCAACAUUACUGUACCCAGGGAACCAACGGCAACACCUGGAGCGAUAGCGACGCCCAUGACGCCGCAAACAAAACUGCAUGCAAACUUGUUGCAGCCGGAUUAUAUCAUAUAUCUAAAAUUCAUCAUAAUUACGACCCGGACCCGAAGAGUGGGGAUAAGAAUCCUUACGACAACCAAGAGUUCCAUCAAUUUGCUUCCUGCUUAAUAUUAAAAGCUGUCGUGCAAAAAAUGAAAGAACAAAGCCCCAUUUGCGACAUACAACCAGGAAUAGACGCCGCUUUUGCCAAGGCAAAAGACAUUAAAACCCACUACUGCAACAAUGGUAAACCCUGCUUCGUUUGUAAUUUGGACGACAACUAUGACGGUUGCAUCAUCAAGAACGGCAAUACCACUGCCAAAGUAAUGGACAAAUUGAAUGGCGCGCUCACAGAGAAUAAGAAUAAGUCCAACGUUGACACCACCUUGGGCGCAAUAACUAAAACAGGCGGAAAUAAUGGCCCCUUAUGCAAACGUCUCCAGUGUUUAUCUUCUCGUGUUCAAGCACUCACUACGUCUACGGGAUCGUUCAAGAGCAGUGCGGUAAGU